UCAAUCUGUCAGUUGGCGAAAAUGGCUCGACGAACGUGGCAUAUGUUUACAUUGAUAACGAUAAUAUUUACGAUUUUAUCACUCGCAGGCGACGUUUUUUCGUCAACAGCGGCACCAUGGUACGAAAAUCUACCCGCAGUGACUAUGGAUUACAAAGUCCACAUCGACGCCGGCAAAGAGGACUGCUACUUUCAACACGUGCAGCCGGGUGCUACAUUUUACGCUAGCUAUCAAGUGCUGAAAGGUGGCGAUGGUAUGUGUGGGUUCGCGGUGCGGCACCCCAACGGGAAGAUCGUUCACCCUUACGAGUGGCGGCAGAGCGCGGAGUACGCGGACCAAACUAGUUCUGGCGGCUAUUACGCUGUGUGUAUAGACAACCAGUUCUCGAGAUUUGCGGGGAAACUAGUCAAUUUGUACUUGUCAGUAAUAAGAUAUGACAUGUGGGAGAAAUACGCGAAGGAGGUGGAGGAGCUAGACAUGAAUAUCAAGAAUUUUACAACCUCAAUUCAAUUUGUGGAGAGGAAUAUAAAUGACAUAUUACAAUAUCAGUACCACUCAAGGGCGAGGGAGUCACGAGACUACAAUUUGCUAGUCGAUAACAAUACAUAUGUGCUCAGAUGGUCCAUGAUACAAAUCCUAGCCAUCACUGCAACGGGCACACUGCAAGUCUUUUUCCUUAGAAAGCUCUUUGAAGUCAAGGACAACUCGUCCAAAACGAGAAUAUAAACAGAGAUCUUAUUUGUUAACUAAUCAUUCCUUGUUGAUCUUUAUUUCUGAUCUCUUUAUAACUUUCAAUCUUUUUUUCGCACGCAUUUAGCUUUUGAAGUACAAUUCCAUUUAGCUAUUGUAAUUUUAUUAUUAUAAUUUAACUACUUAUUUUAAGGCUGGAACCAAUAAUUUUAUUAUGCAACUUUAUGAUGAUCAAUUGUUUUAGCUUUUACUUUUAGCAAGCAUUUUUAUUUUUAGUUAACUAGGUAUUAAAUAAAUAAAGUAAUUUAUUUAACACAAAUUCGAGAAAAGACAUUUUAAAUAUAUUUUUAGAUAGUAUUUAUAUAUCUAUGGAGUAUCUUUUUUAUUUUUUUACUGAUUUUAAUUGUAAGAUGAGGGAGACGUUCAUAAUGUUAUGAUAAGAAUAAUCAUUAG